UUUCCAUCCGGUAGUAUUUUGAAGGCGCACACACUACAAUGGCAACAUGUUCGAUACGGAGCGAUUCUGUUGAUGAAAUAAAUGAUCCAGGAGCCGCUCCUUAUGGCAACUUUAUAAACUAUUACACCUUCAAUCCACCGGAGAACCGCUUGAGUCUGGUUCCAGCCACACUGCUACAGGAUUUAGGUUACAGCGACGACCAUCAGACCACACUGAUCCUGGACGUGGGAUGUAAUUCGGGGGAACUGAGUGUAGCCUUUUACAAGCAUCUGGUGCAGGAGGGUGUGUGCAAUGAAGGUUCAGACAGGAGGAAAGUUAGGCUCCUGGGCUUUGACUUGGAUGAGAUCCUCAUUCAGCAGGCUCAGCAGACCAACCCUUUGCCCGCCAGCAUCUCCUUCAUCCCUCUGGACAUCACUAAAGACACAGACCAGCUGCAGGACUACCUAAUGCACCAUGGCUGCUCUCACUUCCACCUGUGUCUGUGCCUGGCUGUCACCAUGUGGGUCCACCUUAACCACGGAGACUCCGGGCUGCUGCAGCUGCUCUCUCGCCUGGCCUCCAUCAGCCGGCACCUCCUGCUGGAGGCACAGCCCUGGAAGUGCUACCGCUCUGCGGCCCGGCGGCUGAGAAAGCUGGGACGCACAGACUUUGACCACUUCAAGACCCUGAAGAUCCGUGGGGAUGUGGCAGAACAUGCUAGGAAGCACCUGGAGAGACACUGCGACAUGGAGCUCAUCCAGAGCUUCGGCAGCACUGCAUGGGACCGGAAGUUGCUACUCUUCAAAAGGAGAUGAGGCCGAGGGUCCACGAGUUUCCAUCUGCUGCACACGAGCUGCAGGGACAUGAUCAGGAAGAUAACACCAGAGAAAGCAAUGUGGGGAAUGGGAGAAAAGUAACAUUGAACUGAUCAAUAUUAAUCAGCAACGAUGAUUGACAGCAUGCUAUCAUUAACAGUUCAUCACCUUUCAAGAAAAAAAUGCCCUAAAUUAGCUGGUUCUAGCUUUUCAAAUUGUGAAGAUUAUUAUUCUAUUAUACUGUAUAGACUAUUGAUCAAUGAAUUGAAAAAAAAAAAUGGCACUGACGAAUCUAUUAUGGCUCUCAGGGCUGCAACUUACAAUUUUCAUUAAUCUGACGAAUCCUUUCUCAAGUACUUGUAUAAUGUAAAACAUCUGAAAAUAGUGAACAAGUCUGAGGUGUCGUUUUCAAAAAAAUAAACUGAACAUUUAAUAGGUUAUCAAAGUGAUUGCCAAUUUGACUAAUUGUUGCAGCUCUAGAAAGGAAAACUGGGGGCUGUAGCACAUUUAAAUGGAUAUUUUGUGGCAAAAACAAAAUCAUCUUGAUAAGUUUGUAAUAUCUGCCUUUUUAUUGAGAUGUUUGCCAGCACCAAAACUAUUUGGUUUUUUUUAUUUUUAUUAUUUUUUUUUUUAUGUAUGAGAUCAUUACCAUGGUGAUUAAAUGAUAAAACACAA